AUGCCCCUCUUCUUCAUGGAACUCUCCUUAGGCCAGUUUGCAAGUCAGGGCUGCCUGGGGGUCUGGAGGAUCAGCCCCAUGUUCAAAGGUGAGGCCCGGAUGGGGUACACACACACACGGGCCUCUGGUGGCCGUGCUGACUCCCCCCAUCUGUAUAAAGACUGCCAACGCCUAUGGAACCGGGGUGUUGACCCCAGGUCCACAUCAAUGGCCAAGGCCAGGGACACAUGCUGGAAUCCAUUGUUUACUUGGCCUCUACCCUCUCCUCCUACCACGUGCACACAUAAAAGCCCUUUGCCCGCUCCCCCACUUGGCCCCCAGCUUGCUUCUGCCAAGGGCUGUGAGUGUGAUCCGGGACUCCAGAGCCCCUAA